AUGUAUAGAGGCAUAGGGCAAAGGCCAUGGGGGGAAUGGGCGACAGAAAUUCGUGACUUGAAAAAAGGUGUCCGAGUCUGGCUCGGAACCUUCUGCACAGCUGAGGAAGCAGCCAAGGCCUAUGAUGACGCCUCCAAGAGAAUCCGUGGAGAUAAGACAAAACUUAACUUUUCCAACAAUCUAGCACCGUCGACUCCGCCACCCCAUCCGGUUCAGCCACCAGCCAAAUUCUCGUUCCUCAAGCCUAAGGCCGUCACCAAUCGAUCGCAUCGAAAUAGCAGCAAAUUCUUGAACAUACAAUCUAAGGGCUUCUUGUGGAACUUCUCAAGUGGGAGGAAAAUGGCUUUAGCUUCUGAUGAUCGUCAAGCCACCAGCAUCUGCAAACACUGUGAUAGGGCAAUUCCUUCUUCAAAUAUGGACCUGCAUUUUGCUCACUGCUUCCGGAAUCUAGAAAAAUGUAAAGUCUGUGAUGAUAUGGUUCCCAAAAAAUUUGCAGAGGAACACUUCCUAAGCACUCAUGCCCCGGUAGCGUGUACCCUGUGCAGUGAGACAAUGGAACGUGAUGUUUUAGAUGUUCAUAAAGGAGAAAAUUGCCCACAAAGGAUUGUGACUUGUGAAUACUGCGAGUUUCCAUUGCCUGCAAUAGAUUUAUUCAAGCAUCAGGAAGUAUGUGGGAACCGAACAGAGUUAUGUCCUUUGUGUCGCAAAUACAUUAGACUACGUGAAAGGAAUGGACAUGAAAGUAGAUGCAAUGUUGUUGUCAAUAAUGUUGCAGAAUCCUCAAGGAACACGAGGCAACCUGACAGAGACCGUGGUGGUGCUCGAAGAAGGCCACAACGCGAGUUUUCACCAAGGCUGCUCCUAUACACCAUUGCAAUUACAGGCAUCGCUGUUCUGCUAGGUUCACUUUUCUUCCAGAGGAAACCAGGGGGCAACGAACACAGAAGAAGCGGUGCUCACACCGACGAGACACCUGUGAGCAGUGGAGGAGUAGAGGCGGAGACGGGUGGAGAUACUGGAGACGGCGAGAGGCAUCGGCAGGAGCAGCAACGUUCAGAGCAGAUUCUUAGGGGUGUUGUUGAAGAAGAGUUCGCAGAGGGAUGCAAAGGGAAGAGGAGCGUUAGUUCGGCAGCAGAGCUCGCAGCGGCGACGACCAAUUUUUUACAGCUGCGGCGGGCUCGCAACAGCCUUGCGCCGCCAUUCGAUGCUGGAAGGGUGGGGUGGAGGAUCGACGGCAGUGGGUAG